GUAUUCGCGCCGUGGCCGAGUGUAUGGCAAAGUCGACCUCAGAGAAAACACAAGAAGAGGCGCGAAAUUUGUUGGAAAUUUUGGCCGAAGGAAAUCCCCGUUUCACCGACCAAGUGUACAAAGGUCUCAUCGGUGUCCUUCCAUGUCAGUCACCGAAAGCUCAGCAACUUGCAUUGCAAACCAUUAGAGCGUUACAGGCUACACGCGAAACAGCGAAUCGCGCUCUUAUCGAUCGCAUUAUUUACCUCUUGGAGUCUAUGCACUUGGAGGUUCGCUCGGCUGGUAAGCACUCGGUUAAUCUCAUGAUCAAUCCGACUGCUUAA